AUGGAUUCAGGGACUAUAAACCUCACUAAUAGUGAAAAAUUUCAGUAUUUGGCACUCUUUUCGCCGGUGUUCCGUGCGAUGUUCUUCUCGGAUUUUGCUGAACGAGACAAAGAAGAAAUCGUGAUUGAAGAUGUUAUUCUAGAAGAGUUUGUUGAACUGUUGAAUGUCAUUUAUCCAACCCACAAACCUGUAUCCAAUGCAAAUAUUGAGCAGUUAUUGGAAUUAGGGAAUAAAUUCCAUGUUGAUUACAUUAUGGAUGAGUGUGAAUGCUUUCUGAUGCGAUCCGAUGAUGUCGAAACGUUGACAAAACUGAUUUGGGCUGAUCAAUAUCGUUUGACGAAUCUUCAGGAUGCAUGUAUUCGUAAAUUCAAAAGUGCUCAAGAAAUAAAGGCGUUGUCACAAAGCGAUAAAUAUAAAAAGCUUGGUGAUACAACUAAAUUGGCGUUACUGAGGAGAAUGUUGAAACUGAUUUAA